CAUGUGAAUUCGGAAACAUACGUGAUCUCCGGUUGACUGUAACAUCGUGAACGAAUUCAAGUGCAGAAAUCUAUUGACGUGAAACAGUUAAAGAAUACUUUGUUGAACUCAUUAGUAGAAUGAUUUCAUUCCGUUCGCUUCGAACCAGUUCUUGCUUGAUUUUUGUGACUUUAAUCGGGACGCUUGUAAGUGGAACCCCAAAUGGAGCACCGGUAGCAGCUUGCAGUACCAUGACUCCCGAACAUGGCGUCGAAGCCAAAACGACUCGCUCACCUUACGUCACUAUUCCAACGCUUAUGGAAGACGAAUCGGUUCGAUUGACUCUGAUGGCCAACUCGAGUGGCUAUUCAACAUUCAGAGGAUACUUGGUGAUGGCUUUCGACAAUUCUUUGGGUGAUGCUGCUCCUCCGAUUGGAAUAUUCAGCGAAACUGUAGAGGGAACUCCUGUACUUACACCAGGAAAUUAUCUCGAUUGUCUCAACGGCGUCAAAAAUGCAGCCACACAUAAGGAUAACGCCCCAAAAGUGAUCGUUAACCUUUUAUGGGUCCCACCUUAUGGAUUUAUGGGUGACGUAGUUUUCAAAACGACCUAUGUUCAAAAUGUAACGUCCUUCUGGGUGAAAACGUUAUCGGAUGUUGUAUCCAUCUCAUCACCCACAACUACAACAACACCGGCAUCGACUAACACAACACCGGCCGGAGCAACUAAAUUGACUCCAUGGAUUGGAACUAUCGUGCUGGCUGUUGUCGCUAUUUUUGUCACUGCAUUGGCAUAAAUCCUUUUGAUACGCUACGCAACAGACACAUUGGUCAGCAAUAUGGAACGAGCUCGCUAUUCGUGAUGUUCUAAAUACAC